AAUUCACCAGGGAUCGAUGAAAUCAAACAAUAUGGCUGCGUCCAUGGAUGUAAACCUUCAAAUGGAUCAGUACCAUGCCCAUCACCCUCAUGUCUCUGGUGGUUCACUGUCUUCCCAUCCUAGUUCGGGGCAUCUGCAACACGAGGGUGCUAAUACCCGCCUCCCGAAUCAGUUUGGCAUCCAGUCACAAGGCCAUCAUUUUGGUCAUGUCCAUGACUCGUAUGUCAAUUCGACCCCGUCUGUCCAGCAGAUUUUGAUGCAACAGCAAAUCCAACAUCAGCGGUCAGCUCAUUUCGCUCCUCAAGUAUAUGACAGCAAUGAGCGGUUAACAAAACCACACCCCAAUCACAAUACAAGUCCUCUGAAUCAGGUAAAUCAAAUGCGCAUUCAAAUACCUGCUCACCAACAAAUUCCCCAUCCUUUGCAACCCAAUAAUCCCACUGUCACUUCAAAUCCCCGAUAUUCUCCUAUAGAUCAUCAUGGAUCGCAUCAUUCCCCACCAAUCUCGAAAGAUAGUUACAACACUUCUGCCUAUCAUUUGCAAGACCAGUCACAUGUCCUUACUCAUACAUCUCAUUUACAGCAACCUGUAUAUCCUUAUCAUGGAGAUUCAUCCCAAAUGCAAAAUCCACAGACGACCGCCCACACAACAACUGAAUUAUCCAAUUCUCAGUAUACGGGACAUCACUUAUCCAUGCAAUUAAAUAACAGUGCUUCCGGAGAUAACGAUAUUCACCACUCUGGUAACCAACAUCCUCAUGUUUCUACUGGUUUCCAAGCCCCUCCAGCUCCCUAUGUACCUCCAGCUAAAAAGCGGCGGGGAAGACCCCCAACUCAUCCAACUUUUGAUGUCGGUGCUGGAACCUUACUUGACGAAGACGAGCAUACCCUCUAUGGAGCUAUACGGUCGGGAAGAGUAGCUCCACAAACAGUUGUUGAUGAUUGGAUUGAACAAUAUAAAACAAAUCGUGAACCAGCUAUGUUGGAAUUGAUCCAAUUCUUUAUUUCAUGCAGUGGUUGCAAAGGAAAAGUAACACCGGAAAUGUAUAGCCGCCUGUCACAUGCUGAUAUUAUUCGUCGAAUGACUGAAGAGUUUGAUGAAGACUCGGGUGAAUACCCACUUAUACAAUCAAGCCCAGUUUGGAAACGCUUUCGUUCAAAUUUUGUUGAAUUCAUCCAAGUAUUAAUUCGUCAAUGUCAAUAUAGUAUAAUUUACGAUCAAUGCAUGAUUGAUCAAGUCAUCUCUUUAUUGACAGGCCUUACUGACUCACAGGUUCGGGCGUUUAGACAUACCAGUACAUUGGCUGCUAUGAAAAUGAUGACUGCUCUUGUUGAUGUUGCGCUCAAUGUUAGUAUCAAUAGAGAUAACACACAACGUCAGUAUGAAGCUGAAAGAUCAAAAGUUCAGAAUCGACGUGCUUCUGACAGACUUGAAGUGCUAAUGCAACGUCGACAAGAAUUAGAAGAGAAUAUGGAGGAAGUCAAAAAUAUGCUUGUAUACAUUUUCAAAGGUGUUUUCGUUCAUCGAUACAGGGAUAGCCAGGCAGAAAUACGAACAAUAUGCAUGCAAGAAAUCGGUGUCUGGAUGCGUCGUUAUCCAGCUAUGUUUUUAGACGACAGUUACUUAAAGUAUGUUGGUUGGACACUUUAUGAUAGAAUUGGAGAUGUUCGUCUUCAGUGUCUUCGCGCCUUACAGCCCUUGUAUGAAGAUCCUGCUCUCAUCAAUAGUCUGGAGCUUUUCACUUCUCGUUUUAAAUCACGUCUUGUGGAUAUGACACUUGAUAAAGAGACUGAAGUGGCAGUUCAAGCUGUAAAACUAGUCUCCUGUAUAUUGAAGCAUAGUGACUCAGUACUUGAAGACAAGGAUUGUGAAAAUAUAUAUGAGUUGGUUUAUUGCACUCACAGGCCUUUGGCACAAGCAGCUGGUGAAUUUUUAACUUUAAAACUUUUUGAAGUUGAUUCCCAUGCUCCUCCCACUAGAACCAGAAAAGGUAAAAAACGUAGUGAAAAUACACCACUCAUUCGUGACCUCGUGCAAUUUUUCAUCGAGAGUGAAUUACAUGAACAUGCUACUUAUUUGGUCGAUAGUUUAUGGGAUUUAUGCCCAAUGCUUCGUGAUUGGGAAGCUAUGCUAGAUUUGCUUCUUGAAGAACCAGGUAGAGGUGAGGAACCUAUGGAUGCAAAUCAAGAAACAAGUUUGAUCGAAAUUAUGGUUUGUUGUGUUCGUCAAGCAGCAACGGGGGAAUCACCAGUAGGACGACAGACUGGCGGCCAUCAUUCACAUUCCAAUACCAACUUACUGACUGGCAUGAGUUUACUGGAGACUGGUGGACGCGGUCGAGGUGGUGCAACUACCGGUACAGGGAACAGCGCUGCACCCUCUUCACGUGAAGCUCGUGCCCUGGCCGAAGAACGUAGUCGUAUGACAGAAGCAAUGAUAACUGCUAUACCAGCACUCCUUGCUAAGUAUGGUGAAUCUCCUGAACGAGCUACAAACCUUCUUGCUAUUCCACGACACAUGGAAAUGGAACUCUACACUACGGGCCGACAUGAAAGACAUUUGGAUCUUCUUCUACAAGCUGUUCAGGAUAUUGUAGAACGUCAUACUGAUCCACACACAUUAUUGGCUUGUUCGCGCGUUUACGAAUCGUUGUGUAUUGAUGAAUUAAGCAUUUCUGCAAAGUGUCAAACUGUCCGUGGCACGCUGUUGGAUCGUUUGGUGGAUCUUUAUCGAGAUGCAUUCUUAAACUACUUUAACGAUCAGGGAGAGGAACCCGAUCAGGAUGAUGAGUUUCACUUACUAGCUGCAUUGAAACGAAUCUAUGCGUUUUACGCUUGUCACGAUCUUUCUGGAUUGGAUUUAUGGGAUAGUCUUAUCAGGAUCGCACAAUCCGGAAAUGAUGCCAACGGUGAAAUUGUGGCUCAGGCUGUUAGCUGUUGCUCUAAAGCUCUACUGUGGAACCUUGCUAGAAUAGGAGAGGCUGAUGUCGACAAAACGGAUUUGAACAAACUAAGAAGACAGUUAAAUCUGUAUAUGGACGUUUGUAUUGGCUACCUAGAUCAUUCAUGCAAACGGUUAGCAUCAGAAUCGUUUCUGUCCAUUUGUGAUUUGCUAGUUGUUUUUUCACGUCAUCUUUCCAUUCACUUGCCAAAUCUGAAAUCUAUCAUUUAUACAGCCGACAGGGAUCUAGAACUCAGGUUGACCAAUUUUCUGGAGCAACGGGUUUUCGUUGAUGAUGACGACGAAGAGGAUGAUGAAAAUGUCAAAUUUGAAUCGCUUCACGAAAGGCGUACACAACUAGCUGCAUUUUUUAAACUAGUAAUAUAUAAUUUGAUUCCUAUACGAGCAGCUGCUCCGAUCUACAAAUACUAUAUUCGGUCUUUCAAUGAUUUUGGUGAUAUUAUGAAAUCUACACUGGCCAAAGCUCGUGAAAUCAAUCGCGUGCACACCGCUCGUAUGAUUGCGCAUUGUUUAGAAUUAUGUUAUCUGCAAGUAGAAUCAGCUUCUAAUAAUUGUGUUGAACGUGGUUCUGAAGGUCUUCAAGCUGUAAAGGAACUUGCUAGGCGUCUGAAUCUCAGUUUCGGUCUCGACCUAAUUAAAAUACGCGAAUCUAUGGUUGCCUUUCACUCCGAAGGGAUACAGUUUUGUGUUUCCCGAGCUGCUUCCACAGCUGCUGCAACAGGUCAAACCCCUGGUGUCCCAAGCAAUUUACUUUUCCUUGAAGUUGUCGCUGAAUUCUCAAACAAGCUUCUCAGACAAGAUAAGAAAAGCAUAUAUGAAUAUCUCCGUCGAAUUUUCCCAAAUCCUGUUGGCAGUGAAUGGGCUAGUCUGCAUGCCUAUCGAUCAAGUCUGGAUCCUGACAACACUGAUAGUGCUCCAGGACAUGAUGGAGUUAGUCAUGCUACAAAUCCUCAAGCUGUCAGCAGUUCCAAUCCUGCUCCAGUACAGGGUAACACGGUGGUACCAACAAGUGGACGUGUAGGAUAUGGGGGUAGGGGGCGCGGCAAACGACUCCGAGAUUCUGACUCCUCUCUUCCCGACGCAAAUUUAAAUCCACAGUCCACAAGUACAGCUAUCAAAAAGAAGCGCACCAAUAUCGCGAGUAGUAGCAAAAAUGCAUCUGGAAAUGUUUCUAGUAUGACUGCAGUUGACCCUUCCCGACCUACAUCACCUUCAGAAAUACCCCCCAACAGUGCAGGAUGUGCACCCCACCAUAAUCCUUCGACAUCGAUGACAACUUUAUCUACUCCCGUUCAUCCGUCUAACCAAUAAAUCCAUCCCUAUAAAUUAUUCAGAAGAAAUGAAUUUUAUGGCCGACGCGUCUGUGUGUUUCACCGCUUCGAAAUUAUGCAAUUAUCUAGAAGUGUUUCGUUCAGCGAACAUCUUCAGAUGUUUGUAUCUGUAAAUAUAGACAACUGAUGCUUUAUAUAAUUAUCUUCACACAGAUUAAUCCCAACUGGCUGUAUUAUUCAAAUCCCUUUCCAGAAAAUGUACAUUCUUUUUAGGUUAUCGACUUGAUUAUCACAAUUGUUCACGAACUUAGUUUUUUUCUAUUUGUCUCUCCCUUCUAUACUAAAGCAAGUUGUUUUUGUAUCAUGCGUUUUUUUAAAGCCCUCAUUUUUACUUGAUAUCUAAUUCUCCCCGAAGUUAUUGUAUUUUCAAAUUUUGUUUGUAUACAGUGAUCAGCCAUUAUCAGGCUGGAAGAAUGCUGUGUAGCUCAUUUAAACAAUGUUGUUCAAAAUUGUGCAGAGCAGAACUAUUUUUACACAGAGAACUUGCUAAUAUUAUUAUGUAAAUUGCCUUUUUGUAAAACUAAUCACCUUUAUUAAAUAGUACCGCACUAUUUAGUUUUUUUUUUCAACUAUUUGUCCUCUUUCUUUUUUCGUAUUAAUUUUUUUUCAUGCUAACAACUUUUC